UAUUUUUCAUUAAUGUUCUUCGCUUCACUGGAUUUGAUCGGUGUGAUCCGCCAACAGAUUAUCAUACCUCUAGAUGAGUUAUCGUUCUUUUUUUUAGCAUAACAAGUCAACUGUUGGCGUUGAUAAGACGUUAAAGAAAAAGUACAUUUGUACGUUUCAUUUUAUACUUGCAUGUACCAGAAAUCAACCAUGUGGACCGUGAUUGCAGGCGCCAUUACCGGGCUCUUUGGCGCCUCGUACCUCGGAAUCAAAUUCUGGGCGCCGUGGGUCGUCUACGAUCUGAAAUAUAUCUGGACAGUUAUGAUUUCUUCCGUAUUACCAAUGUUAUCUGAUAUCAAAAAGAGAAAACUACCCAUCGACCGCUUCCAAGAAACGGUAAAAAGGGACCCAAAGAAAACCAUGCUAAUAGUUGAAAAAUCCUCGUUUUCAUACGGCGAGGGAAACGCCCGGGCCAACAAGAUUGCCCAUUCUGCACUUAGCCUGGGAUUAAAACGAGGCGAUGUGGUUGCCAUUAUUCUAGCGAACGAACCCGAUUUUAUUUGGACGAUACUAGGGUUGCAGAAAGUUGGAGUGCAGAUGGCGUUCAUUAACUUCAAUCUGAGGAACGAAUCAUUAGUUCACGUCAUCAAGGUGGCCGAGCCCAAAAUGAUUUUUGUGUCCAGAGAAAAGGACAUUCAAAAUCCAGUUUCUGAUAUAAAGAAUGAAUUGGCUGGAAUACCAAUCUACCAUUUUGGAGAAGCAGACGACCCAGAUUUUAAGCCGCUGGAUGGCGUAAUUGAGGAGUCGUCUGAUCAAGAUGUUUCUGAAGAAUUCCGAAAAGAAAUCAAAAUGAUCGACAACUGCUGUUAUGUUUACACAUCGGGGACAACAGGCUUACCUAAAGCAGCUUAUAUUCCAUAUGAAAAAGUCGUAAAGGCUUCCUGGGCUUUGGCAGCAUUGAAUAUAAGCAAGGACGACAUUAUUUACACGUCACUUCCGCUCUACCAUUCUGCUGCCUCUCUACUUACUGUGGAAAAUGUAAUAAGAACGGGAGCAACAGUGGUGCUCAAGAAGAAGUUUUCCGCCUCUCAGUUUAUCCGAGACUGUCGGGACCACCGGGUAACAGUAGUGCAUUACGUCGGCGAAAUCUUGCGAUACGUAGCUGCUACGCCUCCGAGUAGCUCAGAUUCGGACCACUGUAUACGGUGUGCUUUUGGGAAUGGAUUGAGGAGGGAUGUGUGGAAAGUCAUGUCGGACAGAUUCAAAAUACCCCAUAUCUACGAGUUCUACGCGGCGACAGAAAUGCCUGUGGGUAUGGUGAACAUCUCAAAUAAACUAGGCGCCGUCGGUCGUAUGUCCCCUUUAUUGAAAAUGACCUUGCCAAGCGAAUUCGUCCUAUAUGACCAAGCAACCGAAGACGUUGUGAGAAACAAGGAUGGAUUGUGUGUUUUGGCCCCUCUUGAUACACCUGGACUGUUGCUGUUGAAGUUAAAUGAAAGACGCCGUAUGACGUUUGAGGGAUAUAAAGGAAAAGAGUCCGAACGGAAAAAGAAAUUGGUGCAUGACGUCAUAGUACCCGGAGACUGUUACAUCAACACGGGGGACGCCUUUACAAGGGAUAAGGACUAUUUCGUGUAUUUUGCAGACAGACUAGGUGACACAUUCAGAUGGAAAGGGGAGAACGUAUCCACCACAGAAGUCGCCAAUAUCCUCGUGGAACUGGACAUUUUAACUGAUGCGUGUGUAUAUGGUGUCGAGAUUCCAGACAACGAAGGAAAAGCUGGCAUGGCGGCUGUAAGCCUAAAACACUCCCUUAAAACCGAUGACUUGUCUCUGACUCAGGAACAAAUAAAGGCCAUUGCCCAAAUCAGUGAGAAACAUUUGCCCUCUUAUGCUAGACCCAGAUUCAUCAGAGUCGUGAAAGAGUUUGAAUACACCAGUACCUUCAAGCAAAGCAAGCUGAGACUGAAGCAAGAGGGUUACGACCUAGACAAAGUAGAUUCGCCUGUUUAUUAUCUGAAUUGCAAAGAAAAUACAUACAAGGAAAUGACUCCAGAGAUUGAGAAACAAAUAAAUUCUGGAGUUAUCAAAAUGUAGACAGUUCUUGUCAUGUUUUUGGUAUGCGAUAUUUGGAAUAAUAAACAGACUUCCAGAUGAAUAUUUUAUUUCGAAUUAAAUGAAAUGGGGAAGGAUAAGAAAUGUAGUAUGCAUCUUUUUGAAGGAGUGUCGAUUUGUAUAUUUCUAUAUUCUAUCUAUAAGUAUUAUUUACACCUAUUUAAUUAUAUUUUUGAUAUCAUUGUAAUUUUGUGAGAUUCUACCUCAGUCGUACUCAGUCUACUCAAAUGAAUAAAAUCAGAAUAUCAUA